AUGGCUAAACCCAAGACCAGUAUCAUGUUUAUAAAUCGACACUAUAUCAAACUACUAACAACAAUUGCCACAACAAGUUUACUUGUUCUUAUUUAUAUCACAGUACAAUCAAUACAAAAUACGCCUAUACCGCAAAACACACUACUAAAACUACAACAUGACUUGGAGACCACUAUCAGCACCAAAAAUCAACUUGUAUCAGAUGUAACAAUUGUUAAAUGUCGCAGUUUCAAGUUUUGUCAAGUACCAACGGGAUACAUCAUCAUAAACCCGUCAUUGACUUUUUACAAGUUUGCUAACAGCCAACUGAAGAAGAAAUUGUAUGACUAUGAGUAUUAUCUUGCCGUCAAAUUCUCAUCUUUGGACAAAACUACUAGAGUUAUAAGUGGAUUAUCUUUUGACAAGCAAGACGAUGGGUAUGAAGUUGUUAAAGUUAACGAUAAAGACGAUGAUCAAUUUAUCAAAUUAUACAAGAAAUUUGUCAUCAAUAACACUGAACAUCCAUUGCCGAAAGAUACACCAAUACUACGAUCGAUCGAUGUGUUAUUCGGUAGUAAUGAUUUAAUCGACUCGAGAAAAUUCCGUCACACUUUACAUUCAUCAAAUGACGAAUCAAUACACCCCAUUUUGUCAGUUUCAAUGAUGAGUAUAAAAGAGCAAGAAGAAUAUCAGCAACAACUUCAACAGGAAUCAAAGAGUUUGAUCAACCAAGACCAAAUAUUGGAAACUAGUCAAGAAAAGUACAAGGUUAUGCAACUUUCAGAUCUACAUUUUGGUCAAGAUUUGGGCAGAUGUAGCAGCACUGGUGCUGGUACUACUGAUGUCAAAUGUAGUUCUGAUUUGAAAACAUUGAAAUUUAUUGAAACUACUAUACAACAAGAACGUCCAGACUUGAUUGUCAUUACUGGUGAUUUGAUCGAUGUUGAACGAUCAUUGGACUACAAGUCCAUCUUGUUGAAGAGUUUACAACCAAUUUUAGCAACAAAUACUAAAUUCUUGUAUACAUUUGGUGAUGAAGUGCAAAACAAGGAGGAUAAAUCAACCAUUAUUGAGUUUUUAUCAUCAUUGCCCAAUUGUCUCAAUACGUUUGUUCCAUUUGCUGAUACAAAUUUACAUGGAGUCACCAAUGACAACUUGCAAAUUUUCAACAAACUAGUCAAGGAUAAAGACCAAGUGGAUGAGCAAUCAGUUUCAAUUACUAUACUCGAUUCGCAAGAUCAUUUCAUUGAUGAAACACAAAUCAACUACUUGUACCGCAUCAAUAAUGAUUUUACAUCAACCGAUUACAAGCUACUCUUUUUCCAUUACCCCAUCCCACAAUUUCGACCAGCAGGUACUUUCAAAAUUAUUGGUGCAUACAAUGAAAAACAUCCACUUGAUACCAAAACCAAUAUCAAGUUCCAUGACGAUAUAAUCAAUUGUCGAUACCAAGUAUUGUCCGUGGGGCACGAACAUGAAAAUGAUGCUUGUAUAUUAUCAGAGUUGUCAAAACAACCGAAAUCCAAGCCAAGAACUACUACAGGAAAUGGAGAUACUUCACCAGCAUCGAUUUGGUUGUGUUAUAAUUCAAUCACGGGUGAUUCGGGUGUAACUACAAUCAAUGAACAAUAUGUACGUAAAAUUAGAUUAUUUGAAGUUGAUUUUGUCAAGAAACGGAUUUUGAGUUGGAAGAGAAAAGAAAAUGAUAAAGACGUGUUGGAACCCCAGUUGAUAUAUCAAAAGCAAAUAGGAUAG